AUGAGUAAUUGCAACUGCACAGCUCCAUUGCCUGCUGACCGUCUAAGAACAGCAUCUGUAUUUGAAAUUACAGGAAUAGAUUUUCAUCAGAAACUGACCAUAUCACUGUCCACUGAAAGUUUCCUACAGGCAGUUCGAAGACAUGUGGCUCGUGGAGGAAGACCAGCUAUCGUUUACUCAGACAACGCAACAAACUUGGUUGGAGCGAACAGUCUUCUUAAAAAGAUCAAUUGGGAUUUUGUAGUGAAAAACAGUUCAGUGAAUAAGAUUAACUGGAAGUUUAUCCUCCCAGUUUGGUGGGGUGGCAUUUGGGAACGUUUGAUUGGAAUUCGCAAGCGAAUACUUCGCAAAGUCUUAGGUCGGACGUCUCUCAACUUCGAAGAAUUAUAUACUGUCUUAUGCGAUUGUGAAAGUAUCAUUAAUAAACGAUCUCUCACAUACCUCAGUGAAGAUAUAAGUGAUCUAGUGCCUUUUACUCCUAGCAUGCUACUUUAA